GACUAAGCGCUUGGAAAGGCCCCUCCCCUCCCUCCACCGGAAGUCCCUGGAAGGCAGGAGGUGGGGGGUCACAUCCCCUGACCCCAGAAUCAGGCCUAUCUAUUUAUUGAACGCCCACCAGGUGCAGGGCACUGUGCUGAGCGCCCAGCAGCAAACCUAGAAACAGCCUUUCUCCCCCCCAGGAGGCCACACCAUGGCGGAGGCGCUUCGAAGAGCCGGGGCUCAGGAGGACGCGACCUUGGAUCUGGAGCGCGGCGGCCCCCGGCAGCUGGACGUCCACCGGGAUGUGAUGCCGGAAGACGCCGGGAACGCGCCGUCCCCGGGUAAGAUGCCCCCCCGCCUCCGGGAAUCGGGAACGUUGGGAAGGCUCCGUCCCCACUUAUCCGGUCGGAUUUUCCGGGCGCUCACCCCGUACCGAACGCUCCGGGGAGGACGACAGACGGACGCGUUCCCUGCCCACGGCGCGCUGACAGCCUGGAAGAGGGGAGGGCGCGAUCGGGGAGGGCCCACGGACCCCGUCCCGCUUCCAGAGGAGGAGCCCGGGGCGUCCACGGCGAUGGUGUCCACGGCGACGGCGUCCAUGGCGACGGUAUCCACGGCGACGGUGUCCACGGCAACGGCCUCCGCGUCGGCAUCCAGGCCCUUCCCGUGCGUCCAGUGCGGCAAGGCCUUCGGCCAGAGCUCCACCCUGCUGCGCCACCAGCGCGUGCACACGGGGGAGAAGCCGUUCGCCUGCGCCCAGUGCGGGCGGGCGUUCAGCCAGCGGUCCAAGCUGACGGCCCACCAGCGCGGCGUCCACUCGGGCGAGCGGCCCUUCGCCUGCCCGCAGUGCGGCGCGGCCUUCGGCCAGCGCUCGGGGCUGACGGCCCACCAGCGGGUGCACUCGGACGAGCGGCCCUUCGCCUGCCCGCGCUGCGGCGCGGCCUUCCGCCGGCGCUCCAACCUGGCCCGCCACGCGCGGGUGCACACCGGGGAGCGGCCCUUCGGCUGCCCGGCCUGCGGGCGGGCCUUCGCCCACGCCACCUCCCUGGCGGCCCACCGGCUGGCCCACGCCCCGCGGAAGCCCUUCGGCUGCCCGGACUGCGGCCGGGCCUUCGCCCGGAGCGCCCAGCUGCUGGAGCACCGGCGCCAGCACACCGGGGAGCGGCCCUUCCGCUGCCCGGACUGCGGCAAGGCCUUCCCGCAGAGCUCCAAGCUGAUGAGGCACCAGCGCAUCCACACGGGCGAGCGGCCCUUCCGCUGCCCGGACUGCGGCCGGGCCUUCGGCCAGCGCUCCAAGCUGACGCGCCACGGCCGGGUGCACACGGGCCGGCGGCCCUUCCCCUGCCCGGACUGCGGCAAGGCCUUCGGCCAGCGCGCCGACCUGCGCCGCCACCGCCGUGUCCACACCGGCGAGCGGCCCUACCGCUGCGACCUCUGCGGCCGCGCCUUCGCCCAGGUCUCCCACCUCGCCGGCCACCGGCGCGCCCACACCGGCGAGCGGCCCUACCCCUGCGCCCAGUGCGGCAAGGCCUUCGGCAAGAGCGCGCUGCUGGCCAGGCACCGGCGCGUCCACAGCGGCGAGCGGCCCUACCCCUGCGCCCGGUGCGGCAAGGCCUUCCGCCAGAGCGCCCACCUGGCGCAGCACCAGAGGAUCCACGGGCGGCCCGGGGACCCCCCGGCCACCUGAGUCCUCUUCCGGCGCCCGCCUCGGUUUCCCCGCCCGGAAAGCGGGGGCGGCGGGGCUCGGUCCGCUCCUCGGCACGCGACCGUAACGGCGGUGGCGUCUGGCGGAGCGAUCGGGCUGUCCCCCCUGACCCCCCGCCGUACAGCCGGGGAAACCGAGGCCCGGCGACGUGACUUGCCCCAAGCCACCCACCUGACAGUUGGCGGAGGCGCGUAACGAUAAUGACGACGGCGAUGGCGUCUAUUAAGCGCCGACCGCGGGCGAAGCGAUCGGGUUGUCCCCCUUGACCCCCCGCCGUACAGCCGGGGAAACCGAGGCCCGGCGACGUGACUUGCCCCAAGCCACCCACCUGACAGUUGGCGGAGGCGCGUAACGAUAAUGACGACGGCGAUGGCGUCUAUUAAGCGCCGACCGCGGGCGAAGCGGUCAGGUUGGCCCGCCUGAUCCCCCGCCUUACA